CGCCUGUAUCGUUGUCCGUUCAAUCAUUCAGUCGCGGAACAUAGUGGAUAACGGAUCGCAGAAAAAGAAACUUAAUCGGAAGCCAUAAAAGAAAAAGUUGUUUCAUUGCUUCAACAGUUUGAUAAAAGUGGAAAGUUUUACCGUGUUUUGUGCGAAAUUCACCGGUAGUGAAUAAAUCAAACGAAAAACUGUUGGUCUGUGUCAGUUGAAAGCCGCACCAAGACGUAUUAGCCGGUUUUCUGCUUAAAUUGAAAAGUACAUUUUCGAGUUUUUGUAGUGCACAGACACUACAUUGCGCAACCGAACAUCGAAUAGGAGGUGAAAAGAAAAAAAAUAGAUAGCAAUACAAAGACGCAAAAACCCGAUAAACUUACCGUCAAACGUGAGUGAGCUGACGAAAAAUUAUCGAUUUUUUCGGUGUUUAGUUGAGGAGAAGGAAUAGCAUACGUGACGAGCCGCACGAAGAUCGAAAUCUGUGUCAUUGGGAGAUACCUGAUUAUACACAACGAAAGAGUUAUUUGUUUUGUUACCGUGGAACAGAAAUUAGAAAUCCCAACAACAAGAUGGCUUUCAUGAUGCCAGUGAUGAAAAACGAGUUUGAUAUCUAUAAGGGUCGCCAACGGCGUGUGUCCGAGUGUUCGAAUCAAAGUUCCUGUCGCUCUCGGAAGGUUUCCGAAAGCUCCCGCUCCGACUGCCCUAGUUUGUCAACAUCACCGGGAAGCGCAUUCGCUGCCGGAUCACCGGCCCGACAUCGCAGUCAUCCGAUGUACAUGUCGCAUUUGGCUUCCAAACCUCAGUUCUCGCGAAACUCGUCUCGUACCUCGCAGAGUUCACUGAUAACAAGCCCAACAAAAGCGAGCACUGGUAGCAGCCCGCCGAAACCGUCGGGUGGCAGCCAGAGCAGCUUGAACAAAUUUCACUCGCGACUGGUGGACAAGCUACGAAAAUCGCUACGGAUGUCGAAAUCCACCGAAGGUCGUUCAUGAGAAGAUCAACCACUGCCGAAUAGUAAACCUCCGGAUGCCGAAACGGAUCUACAAAACGACGAUGAACCGGAAGAGGAUGGGGAGAUGGUGCUAUCGGACAGUGUGCUGCACGUUACGACCAAGCCGCCACUUCCCCAUCGUUCCAGUACACCGCUACGGCUGAGCAGAAGUGGUGACAGAGGACGGAACCGAUCCAGGCGUGGCACUCUCAGUGCUCCGAGGUAAUUUCUGGCCGGGAGAUAAAGCGGAACGACACAGUGGGAGGUGUAAUAGAUCUGAAAAACUUCGAAAAAAAAAACUGCGUUAUUAUGUAUGACCAAACUCAGAAAAUCAUCCAGGAAAAACGGGUGCCAUUAAAGUACAUUUUUCUUAUCAGUAAACAUAGCAUGGCCUCUGGCGGUACUUGGCAGAGGACGCACAAAAUACCCUUGUAUCAGAUUUCGAACCAUCAGGUUACAUUUCGAACAAGAUAAGCUAGGAAGCAGCAGCUUUUAAUAGUUUAAGCGUUUAGUUUUAUUUUGUUUACAGACCUAAAUUGUAGUCAAUGAUUAUUGCAAAUGGAACAUAGGUAUAUCGAAAUCAUACAGUUAUUAAUUUCUGAUUGACGGGUUUGCUCAAAAUGACCAAAACCACAAAAUUUUGCAAUCAGCAGUGCCCAUGGGAGGAUUGCAAAAACCAAAAUGCCUCUAUAUGAGAUUUGAUCAACACAAGUCAGGUACUCAAGUCGGUAAUGUCGGGUAGUUCAGCAACACAAAACAAAAAAUCUUUUGCAAGCUGAGCGCUGACAAACGCGAAAUUAUCGGCUGCCAAGUCGCUGAAAACAUUUUGAGAGUGUGUUUUAUUCGUGUAUCAAUAAUAAUCGAAUAUUCUAAACCAGUAAAUAAUGAGUAAGCAAGGAACAAAUCAGCAAACGGGAUAUAUUAAAAUAUUAUCUAAUCCGAAUCUGUGAUAUGUGCUUGAAACACAUAGAUUUACAUUAGAUGUUUAAAACAAAGCAACACCUAAAUAUACAACAAAAAUUUUACUCGUUCGAAACCAUGGAAACAUGAUUGUUUGGAUAUUACGUAGAAUACAGCAACAUUGAUAUAUUCCUUAAAUUAACGUUUCGAUCUUACCGGCAGGAGAUAGAUAUAGAAGGUUAUGUAUGUGUAAGUUUUCGCUUGGCUUUGUCUGAAUAGAAAAGCAAUUUUACCAGGAUGAAUUAUUUUCAUUCCUACGCAUGCAUUAUUAUACCUACACAUUCAGACGCACAUGUACACAGGCGUGCGAAAAAAUAAGAACAAACUGUGUGUCACGUUGCGGUUUGAGCUUUUGCUUUUCCUUCUACCUUCGUACUCUAUGUCAGAUGCAUAACAGAGUUUAGUGAAUGGGGUUACGUAUAGUACAAGAAAAGAAAACAUAAAGCAAAUAUGAAAACAGAAAUUGCGAACGAAUCACAGACAAAUUGUCAUAGUUCAUGGUAAUUUGAUUUGUACCAAAAGAAGGUAAAAAACUAUGCACCGAUUUUGUCUGUGAGCAGUCGAUUGUCGUAAUGCGCUCUUCAAACGUAUAUUUACACCACUACAGCUACAAUAACAUCAAAAUAUUUGUAUACACUUACUCGAUACCUAAACGGGAAAUUGGUGUACAUGAAUAGCGAUAACCGACUCAUAUCCAGUAAAAAUUCAUGUUGUUUCAAGCCUCGGCGUUUGUUUGAAAAAAAAAAAUCUCGUAUAACUAGCCGUUACAGCUAUUCAACUGCAACUUCCUUCCAUACACCCCUAACCAUCGACAUUUCUUGUUAUAUAUUGUAAUGUAAGAAUCAAGUAAAUAAGAAAAAAAAAUAAACAAAAACAGUUCAACGCAAAAUCAAACCAAUGGAACAAAAAUAUCACGUGAAGAAAAGCUUUAUAUUAAUUAAAGACUGCUGCUUAGAUUUUAACAUUUUAUUUGUCGUAGGAAUAUAGAACACCCAAAAGUUACUAUUGUGUAUUUAGAAUGACUAUAUUUCUUAGGUUUAGUGACAGUAAUUUACAUUUGAAAGCAAAAGUCAACUGGUCAGCAAAUUUCCAUAGAAUAUAUCUCGCACGUUAUCUGCACGAUGAUAUUGAGAUGGUUUGAGAAGAUAAUGGCAAAAAACGGAAAGCAACGGCCCUAUCACACAUUUAGCCAACCUUAUAGCAAAACAUUCCAUUUUGCCAAAAUGAAACAAUGAAACAAAAGUCGAGAAGAAAUUAUUUAGGAAAUUUUUGAAUCUGGAACUGUGUUCCUACUUACAGAAAACCAUCCUGUCCAAUUGUCCGAUCUUUUCCGAUAGUAAAUUAAAUAGUAUACCCUAGGUCAUAUAGGUUCUGUCUUGUUGAUUAAACGAAUAAAUUAUUUCAUUCGUUUUUAUAUGUGUUGAAAGUUUGCAAUAGUGUGAAACAAAAUAUUUUGUAUAUUUUGUACCAAUUUAUAUGACAUACUGAACUUACAGCUGUAACAACUAUAUUAUCAACUAGAGCAUAAGGAAUAUACUUCAAUAAACAUUAAACAACUAUGA